UCUCCUAAAAAUUUCUCGAGUUUUGGACUCUGGAGCGGAUAAAAUCAUAAAAAUUCAUUUUCCAUAAAAGAAUCAGAUAAAUACCACACCCAAAAAAAAACAGUCUCACUCAGACUGAGAGAAAGAGAAGAGCGAGUAAGAGCUGAAACAAAAGAAAAACCACACAGUUGUACAAACAGAAAACACAGCACACAGAGAGAGAGAGAGAGUGGAUGGUUGGGUUCACGAGCUCUAUCGUAACGCCUCAGCAAUCAGUGUGCUAAAAUACCCAGAAAAGAAAAAAGGAAAAAGCUUUUUUCUUUGGCCAAAAAUCUGAGAAACCCCCCAUUUCUGAGGUGGGUGAAGCUUCACGGGCUCGAACCCAUCUCGGUCUUUUUCUUCACCCACCAGCUUUUCAUCAAUCCAGUGGUCCACGUCCUGCCACGUCAUCUCCACCACCGCCUUCUCGGUUGAUUUGAUCACUGUUUUGGGCCAUUUUGCUAUUGUUUCUGUCUCUCUCUCUCUCUCUCUGUAAUGUAACAGAGAAAGAAAGCUCAGCUUGUGGAGGAACUUAAUUAGGUUUUUUUAUUUUUUAUUUUUUAAAAGGUGUUGGUAUAUAUAGAGGGUGAGAGGAGAGAGAUGGAUCGGUCUGUGCUCACGGUUGGGCCAGGCAUGGAUAUGCCGAUCAUGCAUGACAGCGAUCGGUACGAGCUCGUUCGUGAUAUUGGGUCGGGAAAUUUCGGGGUUGCCAGGCUUAUGAGGGACAAGCAGACUGAUGAGCUUGUUGCUGUGAAAUAUAUAGAGAGAGGUGAGAAGAUAGAUGAAAAUGUACAAAGAGAAAUUAUAAACCACAGGUCAUUGAGGCACCCAAACAUUGUCCGAUUCAAAGAGGUAAUAUUAACCCCUACUCAUCUGGCUAUUGUGAUGGAGUAUGCAUCUGGAGGAGAGCUCUUUGAGCGGAUAUGCAAUGCUGGGCGGUUCAGCGAGGAUGAGGCACGCUUCUUUUUCCAACAACUUAUAUCAGGAGUCAGUUACUGUCAUGCAAUGCAAGUGUGCCAUCGGGAUUUGAAGUUGGAGAACACAUUGUUAGAUGGAAGUCCAGCUCCUCGUUUAAAAAUAUGUGACUUUGGCUACUCAAAGUCCUCGGUGCUGCAUUCACAACCAAAAUCAACUGUUGGCACCCCUGCAUAUAUUGCUCCUGAAGUGUUACUUAAGAAAGAAUAUGAUGGCAAGAUUGCAGAUGUCUGGUCUUGUGGGGUGACCUUAUAUGUCAUGUUGGUGGGUGCAUACCCAUUUGAGGAUCCUGGGGAGCCUAAAAACUUCCGCAAGACAAUACAUCGUAUAACAAAUGUUCAGUACUCGAUUCCUGACUAUGUUCACAUAUCUCCAGAGUGCCGCCAUCUAAUCUCAAGGAUUUUUGUUGCAGAACCAGAGAAGAGGAUAACCAUUCCUGAGAUUAGGAACCAUGAGUGGUUUCUGAAGAACCUUCCAGCAGAUCUCAUGGUUGAAAACACCACAAACAGCCAGUUUGAAGAGCCUGAUCAACCCAUGCAAAGCAUUGAUGAGAUCAUGCAGAUAAUUGCUGAGGCUACGAUACCUGCAGCUGGGACGAACAGCCUCAACCAGUAUCUUGCUGGCAGCCUGGACAUUGAUAACAUGGAGGAGGAUCUGGAGUCUGAUCCCGACAUCGACAUUGACAGCAGCGGAGAGAUAGUCUAUGCAAUAUAGUUGGCAGAGUGCUUGGUCAUGGUGCGGAUGACGUGCAAGCAGGAAUUUAGAAGACCUGCUUCUAUGAAACUAAUUAUUAUCUUCAGUCACAACUCCGCCGAUGUGAAAUUGGAGCAAGGGUUUUUAGCCUUUCCUGGCAAUGGAGGGUUCAGUGCCUGAAAGUUUCUGGCAAUGGAGGAGCCUGUGUUUCUUUUUUUCUCCUUUUUCUAGCGGCAUGCUUCUGUUCAUUUGCAUUGCUUUGUUUUUGCCACUAAUUACUAGUGGCAUUUAUCUACUGUUAUGUACUUGUCGCAAGUAAUGUAACAGGUGGUUUGCUGAAAAUUGUAUCAGUGCUCA